AUGGACAAGGUCAAGAACAGAACAUCAAACAGAGUUGAGCAGGUUCCGGUGGUAGAGGGGGAUGAACACAGGGAAACUGCGCACCCCAGGAAAAUAGAAACGUACAUGAAAACAGUUCCAAGAGCAAUGAAGAAGUUUGCAGAUAUUCCAGAAAAGAAAAUGCCACAUUCGCAAUUCAAUGAGUCCUUGGAGGAGGGGUCAUUUGGUUUGGGCCCUCUAGUUUUCCCUUGUUUACAGCGUUUCAACAACAUUAAUUGCUUCUUGACUGCGUACUUUUUAGGGACCAUGGCUCAUGGUAUGGUAUUUGGUCUUGUUGAUCAGAGUUUAAAAGUGUAUGUGAGUGAAUUGUCUCCGUCAAAGUUAGAGACAUUAGCAAUGGGUUCUGGUGAUGACUUGGCUGCUUUCCUUGUAUCAUUGGUUGGUGCACACUAUGGAGGUAGAGGUAACAGGGUAAGAUGGAUGGUAGCUGCCUGCUUUGUAACAGGACUGGCAUCGAUGGUUUUUGCUAUUCCUUUCUUCAAUUAUGAAAUUAUAAAACUGGGCACAGUAACAGAUGUGUUGUGCAUAGAAGGAAAAAAGACAACUAAAGUUUGUGAGCGAACUGUAAUACCGCACAAAUCAACAUGUAUUGCUUUCUUCAACUUCGGGCAGUUUCUCCAUGGAAUAGCAGCUAUUGCAGACACUGCACUAUCGGUGGGAUACAUUUUGGGAUAUCUAGUAGGAAUACGAAAUCUUAUGUUUCCUGUAGAAGAAGAUAUAAAAGCAGUUGGACAUGUUCAGCAAUUUCGCAUAUUGCAGAGGAAUUGGUGGAGGUCUUAUUUUGCUGUUGCUGUAUUUGCGUUUUGUACAUCUUUACCACUCUCAUUUUUUCCAUCUCGUCUACCCGGUGCACAGCAGAUAAGACUUGAGAAAAGUAAGGAACCUCCCACCAUUGACAGGAGACUUAAAGAUAAGGAAAUUCAGCCUGGUUUGAAGGGUGUUCUUCAUGCUAUUUGGUGUCUACUGAGGAAUCCACUGGUGCUGACCCAGACAUUCUGCCAAGUCACAAAGUCUCUGACUCUUAAUUCAUCUGGAUAUUUUUUACCCAAAUUUUUACAAAGUCACUUUUUAAUAGUACCAACAAAUGCCUCUGUCUUCACAGCUCUGGAGAUGAAUAGCAUGACCAAAGUGACACAUAGAAGAAAGAGUUCCUUUUGGCUUACAUUAAGAAAUGGAGAGUCCGUAAUAAUGGGAGAAGCCAGGUAUGACAACCAAAGCCAGACCAGGAAGGUGAGAGACUACGAGCAGGAAUCAGACACAUUGAACUUAAAGUGA